GACAGUAUGUGUCCUAAUACAUGAACUACUUACCUGGAAGAGAGGUUACAAAGUCGUAACGAGAAGAAUCAUGGCAGUGAGGAGUAAAUAUUCCGAGCUGCCGGGAAUUGACAAUCAGCCAGACGUUUAUGAAACACCUGAUGUUGUGGAGAAGUUAGCUGAACAAAACGGCGAUUCGUCGACACAGAAUGGUGAUGAAAAUAUUCACGUGUUAAAGAUUGAUGCUAAGGAAGCAUUUGAGAAGUUCAGUGGAAAAUAUUUGGAUCCUGGGGAUGCAGAUUUUUCAGGGCGGUGUGGUCCUCGGCAAAUGCAAGGCUAUGCUACAAAAACUGAGUUUGAAAUGCUGGGUGAUGGAGUGGCCAAAGAGACACCACAGAACAAAUUUAACAGACUUCAGCAUGAGAUUCGAGAACUAGCAGAGGAACUUGAGCAGAUAAAGCCGCAGCACCUUUCUAUUGUUAAGUACUUCGUAAAUUAUGUUCACUUGUUAGACCCUGAGUUCUUCUCUUCCCACUAUUCACAAAUCUGUUAUUGUUGCUUGAAACAGGCUUUGACAGUGGCCUCAACACCUCAAGCAGGAUUAUCUCAACGCCUGCAGACUCAACUUGAAGCUUUCAAAACCACUGAAACAGUGGGCGGAAAAGAAGCUAAGAGCGACGAUGGUUGUGUUACAUACGAACUAUUUUACAAACCAGAACAUGCUAAGUUUAAUCAGCUCUCAAAGAUCAGUGAAAUGGAACAGCGGGUGCAGAAACUGGAGACAGUUCUAGGCAGUGACCCAACUCAUUUGGUAGAUAACAAGCUAUUUCUUUGCUUCUUUAUCUCUUUGUUAAUGCAUUAUAUAGUUUUGUUGUGGAAGACAUCUUUAAAUGGAAGCUGGCCCCACAGAGUGAUUAAAGGCACUGGACUGAAAUCUGGAUUUAUAACAAGCUCCUGGUCAUACCUAUUAAAACACAUUCAGCCAGGUUACUGUCCCUUUGAAGCGUGUUCCUUAUUGUAUUUCAUUCUUCAGGGAAUAUUACAUCAUGUCAGUGUUCUAUCAGAGAAGAAAGAAGAAGCUGAAAAUGCAGCUAAGCAGAGCAAGGUGACUGAACUUUAUGAACUUCUGAACAAGUGGGAUUCGUUUGUAGAUGUUGUGCCAGAUCUGGUAUGUACUGCUAGCUCUUGUCAGGAAAUGGGCACAGUUCAGGAUGAACACGAGGAGAAGAAACUCUCGCCAGUUGUGCUGUCACAAGAGGCGGCAGCAUCAGCUCUCGAGGCCAAGGUUGCUAUGCUAGAUGCCAAUCAUAUCGAGCAUAUUGAUGCACGUUUCGAAUCAUUUUUUUUUUCCUUUCAGCUGGAAGCCAGCUUCACGUCCAACGUGGCAGUCAUUGAAGCUAACUGUGAGCGAGUUGAAGCGAGAGUGAACGCUCUUCUGGAAAAAUUCGAAACCAAAGGGCGGUGAUGGAGAAAUAAAGAGUAGGAUGCAUAGCUACUUAACGGAUAAAUAAGUUAACAAAAUACUGGAAUUUAUGGUAUAUACUGAUCUUUUAUGUUUUGGAAAAUGUGUAAGUUUCACCUCGGUUUUUAUUUUUGUUAAUUUUGCGAGUUCCGCGAAAAUUUAUCUAUAAAUUAAGAAAGGCAAAUAUUAUCAACGUGUAUCGCGAAACAGUUGUCCGCGAAAUUUUCGCUAACCAAAUUUGCAGUCUUUUCUUAAACUGUAAACCUUGCGUUAAAGUAAAAGGCAUUUGGGGUACUUGGUUGUCACGCAAUGCUCCUCGUAAGGACUUAUGUUUGCGUGACAUCCCAAUAAUCUAUUGUCCAAUCAAGACAUAGCAUAGGUAGCCUAAAAUUGGGACGUCAGGCAAACUUGCCCAAGCUUCUUUACACCGUCGGAAAGGGUUUUUAUUAUUAGAUAUGCUCUUUACAGAAUUAAAUUAUAAUGUUUAGAAAGACUUCUCAGGUGGAAAGAAUAUUUAUUUUGUCGGUUCUUUGAUCCGACCUUCUGGAUAGGGCAUAGUUAGAAUAACAAAUCAGAAAUGGGCUUUGACAAAUUUCAGAUGAGUGUAUUAGGGUAUGAUAAUUUUCGCUAUGACUGAUACUCGGGCAUCAAGUGUGAACACAGCUUUACCGGUAAGGACUUUUGAACUGUCAUUCAUCACAACUGUAGCUCGCAAUUUGAAAAGGCCUAGAGUGUAUGUUACAUGAAAGUUUAGCGAUGUCUGGUAGUAAAUGGCUUUGUUCUAAUAUAAGGCAAUAAAAAUUAUAUC